CCCUUAGAGACCCUGUAAUCAGCGACUGGCCAUAAGAGUUCGUCAAAUUCCUGCGAGUGAGAGAGAGACAUAGGCUAUCUCACUCCUUUGCGAUUCUAGGAACAUGCAUGUGCAUACAUAUACAUUUUAUAUCGGCAUAAACUCUAGCUCACGCUCUCGUCCGGUUGUAUUGCACUUUACGCUAUCUCGAUACCUCUGAAAACGGUUUACACUCAUUACGAUACUUGAAGGAAUCUCUACUCGUUAUUGACAAUGUCUGAAAUAAUUAUACGAAAAGCUAGACGUGAAGACUGCGAGAGCAUUAGAGCGCUCAUACAGGAAUUGGCGGACUACGAGAAGAUGCCCGACGGACCGCAGAUCGAUUAUAAAACCCUGGAAAGAGACGGCUUCGACGGGCAACCGCUGUAUUUCUGUAACGUGGCGACGUCAGCUGGAAGGGUCGUCGGAUACACGCUGUCCUACUACACUUAUUCCACGUGGUGCGGAAAGUCCAUGUGCCUGGAGGACAUCUACGUGACGCCGGACUUUCGUGGGAGACACGUGGGCAGCAGGCUUCUGAAAACCGUUGCAAAGGAGGCCAUUGAGAACGACUGUCGCAAGCUGGACUUUAUGGUACUCAAGUGGAACCCUGCGCAAGAGUUUUACAAGAGAUUCGGCGCCAGCGACCUGACGUCUAAGGAGCAGUGGCAUUAUUAUCGUUUCCCCGAGGAGGAACUGAGGAAAUUGGCAUCCGACUGCGAGUAGCACGAAAAUCUUCUGUUCAAUUAACAGCGGCCGAAUCACUUGUACACGCACCUCACAAGGAUAGGAACAGCAUUUAUGCGUGUACAUACAUUAGAUGUCUAAUGCGCAUCAAACUUCAUUUUAUCGCGUGUCAAAUGUGUACGUUAAAGUAAUUAAUUAAAACCAACUUGGACAUUCAAAGGAAAUUAAUAAACAAUAAAAGUCUUUCUUCUUGUCACCAGCAAUAUUCAAAUAAAAAGAGAUAAAAAUGCUGUAUGUUG